AUGGCUUCAACGACUCCUAACUUUUCUUCCAUCGCUCGCCGUCUACUUUUGAGCAGAGAGAACUUGAGAGAUGAUACUCCCACAUCUCCCACACACUCAAGAAGCGAUGAGGUUGCUCAAAGGACAUCUUCGGAAAGUCUCCCUACUACUUCAAAUCCGGUCAACGACUUGGAGAGCACCAUCAGAGGUCUCACAUUUGAGAUGUUCUCAACGCCACUAGAAGAAGGCUACUCUCCAGUUCGCCCACUUCGUUCGAGUAACGCUGAAUACAAAGGUCGAGCAUCACUGGACGCUAAGAGCAAAGCAAUAGUGGGCAACGUCGAAGUGUUCUUUGAAGAGCUGAAGCGCCGCUUAGGCAAGGCAGCUAGAUGGACCAUCUUUGACUUUCCUGCAAAGCUGACAGGCAUCGCGUGCGGAAUCGGUCAUCGCACAGUACAACGCCUCAAAGCUGAGACCGAUUUGAGUAGAAAAGCCAUCCCCCGUACCAUCGCGCCUGUUGCAAUGUCCUCGAAACAACGCACGAUUGAGGCUCUUGAAGUACACGGGGACGAAUGGGGAGACACCAUAAGGCAAUUCAUGCAUCAGAAGUUUAGGCAAGAAAAGCAUGUAACAGUGGCAGAGAUUCUGGAUGAGCUGAAACAAGUCCAUCCCACCUUUGACUUAUCAGAGACAACCUUCUAUUACCUGCUGAAAGGGCUCGGAUUCGCAUACAGAAGAAACGCCGGCCAGAGGUACAUUUUUGAACGUCCAGAUCUCGUCAGCAGAAGAUCCACGUAUCUCGAUGCUAUUGCACAAGCCAGGAGCAGCAACUGCUGCAUUGUAUACCUCGAUGAAACGUGGAUAUACGAUUGCAUGUCAAAGGCUAGGGGAUGGGUCGACACGAACAUACCGCGCUUCGCCCCAGAAUCGGUCUUUCAGCAUUUUUCCCACGGAAAAACUGCUACUAAAGACAAGGGAAAAAGGGCGAUUGUCAUCAGCGCCAUGACUGAGAGUGGAAUAGUACCCGGCUGCACCAAAAUUAUCAUCAGUGGCCGCGAUGCAGUCGGGGACUAUCAUCAGGAUAUGGACCACGAAGUCUUUGAGAAAUGGAUGAGGGAAUCACUGCCCAAAAUGCAGAGUGUUGCUGGUGCCCGUCGUUUGUGCUUAGUGAUGGAUAACGCGGCCUAUCACUCUCGACAAUUAGAAAAGAUACCCACCAGGUCCUGCACAAAGGCGGUUAUAGAAGAUUAUUUGCGGUCGCAACACGUUACGGUGCCUCUAAAUCCUACGAAGCAAGAUCUUGUAGCACAACUCGAGAGAUUUAUAUCCAGUCGCGGCGGUCGAUACGCUUUGCGCAAAUAUGCUGCUGAGAAUAUUUGUGCCGAGGUGGGAGCAAUAGUGGUAAGGCUACCGCCUUUCCACUAUUUCUUCAACCCGAUUGAAAUGUGUUGGGGUCGAAUGAAGGACUAUCUCACCAAGCUCGGAAAGCACAAUGACACCCUACAAACGGUGAAACAGAGAGCGCUGCAGUGGAUAAGUAACGUGCCACAAUCGUUAUGUCAUGAUUGGGUUGCUCACGUUGUGCAUGAAGAGGAGGCAGCAAGGGAAAAAAUCGCUAUCGACCUCGAAAAUAGCCAAGGUUUGGAAUCUUCUAGCGAUGUUAGCGAUGUUAGCGACAUCGAAGAAGCUUGGAGCGCUCUAGGCCUUUAG